UACAAUCAACGCAUUUGUUGAACAAGAGUGGUGUGACCCCCGCCUGAUUUUUUACGGAAUGCUGAAUGACGAUUACUUUGAGCUUGACUCAAAGUUUAUGGUUAAAGUUUGGGUCCCUGACCUAUAUUUUACCAAUGAGAAACGUGCCAGUUUUCAUGACGUCACUGUUCCAAACAAAAUGCUUCAUUUGUACAAAAAUGGAUGUAUCAAGUACCGUUUGAGGGUAUCUUUAACCGCAUCCUGUCAAAUGAGACUUCAUAAAUAUCCCAUGGACACCCAAACAUGCUCCCUUUACAUACAAAGUUUUGCAUACACAAGGAAAAGAAUUGAAUUUCGGUGGAAGUCCGAUGGGCCCGUAAUCACUAGCAGUGCAGUGGAGCUGCCUCAAUUUACUCUUGUAAACAUUAUAACGAACAACACUUGUGACAAAACUAACGUUGAUAGCGAUUUCACCUGCAUUCAGGUUGAUUUCAACCUAAAUCGAAACAUUGGGUUCUACAUGAUCCAGAUCUAUAUCCCAACCAUAAUGAUCGUGCUGUUAUCCUGGGUUUCCUUCUGGCUCAGUAUUGACGCUGUUCCCGCGCGCAUCUCACUAGGCAUCCUUACAGUUCUCACCACGACAACACAGAAAGGCUCUGCCAUUUCCUCCCUACCCAGGGUAUCCUAUGUGAAAGCAAUCGACGUUUGGAUGGCAACGUGUCUGGCGUUCGUGUUUGCUGCGCUUUUAGAGUUUGCCUUCGUAAAUGUGAUGCAAAGAAGACGCCAGAAGUUUGGGUCCUUAAAUGAUUCUGAAAUAGAUAGUAAAAUGAAUUCAAACAGACGAUUAAACAACGGGAAAAGAGCGGCAAAAAGUGUUGACAAUAUUUCAAGGGUCGUAUUCCCCAUCGUAUUUUUUGCUUUUUGUGUGAUUUAUACUUUUGUUUAUAUGGUUUAA